CCGGGUCGUGUAGCUCCUCCCCGUUGCUGCGUUGCCAGGUUUCGGGAUCCCGGAAGCGGAUCUGAGCUGCUGCUGUGGCUUGUCCAGUCCAUGGUGGUGAUGAUAAUGAUGGCGGCCGGGGCAGAGGAGCUUGAGGCCCGGGAGAGACUCGCCCUUUGGGACCGGAGGAGCGAGCCUUUGGCACCGCUGACAGAACGACAGACAGACUCGGUGCUGGAGUUGAAAGCGGCUACAGAGGAGCUGCCUAUCCCAGCUGAGCUUCCAAUUGAAGAUCUAUGCAGUCUGUCCUCCACAUCGCUGAAUGUAGGAAUGUCUGCAGCUGUUCCAGAAUCUACAGAGGGCGUCCUGCAACACGGAUUUUCUGCACUAGGAAUGGAAGAUGACAGGAUUGAAACUGCACAGCAAUUCUUCUCCUGGUUCGCACAGCUUCAGACGCACAUGGAUCAGGAUGAAGGUGCAAAGUACAGAGAGAUGAGAGAUUACCUUUCUGGGUUCCAGGACCAAUGCGAUUCCAUAUUGAAUGAUGUAAAUCUUGCGCUGCAGCACUUGGAGUCCCUUCAGAAACAGUACUUGUUUGUGGCCACAAAAACAGGAACAUUACAUGAAGCCUGUGAACAACUCCUUAAAGAACAGUCUGAGCUUGUGAACCUCGCUGAAACUAUUCAACAGAAACUUUCCUAUUUUAAUGAGUUAGAAAAUAUAAGUACAAAAUUAAAUUCUCCGACAUUAUCUGUGAAUAGUGAAGGAUUUAUACCCAUGUUAUCAAAGCUGGAUGACUGCAUAUCUUAUAUUUCUGCUCACCCUAAUUAUAAAGAUUAUCCAGUUUUUUUAGCAAAGUUUAAGCAAUGUCUCUCUAAAGCUAUGCAUCUUAUGAAGACCUAUACUGUGAAUACGCUACAAAACCUCACCAAUCUAUUGAUUAAACGGCAGGAUUUAUCAAAUACCCCAAAUUCUGACAAUGCUUUCACUUUAUUUUAUGUGAAAUUUAGAGCUGCAGCUCCAAAGGUUAGGACGCUGAUUGAACAGAUGGAGCAGCGAUCUGAGACGAUACCAGAAUACCAACUGCUUCUUGCUGAAAUACAUCAGUGCUACUUAGAUCAGCGAGAGAACUUGCUUAGUCCAAGUAUCACCAGCACAAUCACAGAUCUGACCAGCCAGAACAACAGGGAUCACUGUGCUUUGGUGCGGAGUGGCUGUGCAUUCAUGGUCCAUGUAUGUCAGGAUGAACACCAACUUUUCAAUGAGUUUUUCACCAAACCAACACCAAAAUUGGAUGAACUUUUGGAGAAACUGUGCCUAUCGCUGUAUGAUGUUUUGCGACCGCUGAUAAUUCACAUAGUUCAUUUAGAAACAUUGUCAGAACUUUGUGGCAUACUGAAGAUAGAAAUGCUUGAAGAUCAUGUACAAAACAAUGUUGAUCAACUAGGUGCUCUUGAGGCUGUGGUGAAGCAGAUGUUGGAGGAUGUACAAGAAAGACUUGUUUAUAGAACACACAUAUACAUCCAGACAGAUAUCUUGGGUUAUAAGCCAGCUCCAGGAGACCUUGCCUAUCCGGACAAGCUGGAGAUGAUGGAGCAAAUUGCACAGAGUCUCAAAGAGGAACAAAAAAGGUUGCAGUCUAUGGAGGCCUCCUUUUCUGAUGUUCAUCUAGAAGAUCCAGAUGCCAACAACCUCAUUAAAAGUGGCACUUCAGAGUCCUUGAGCCUACGACCACAGAGUACAAUUUCACCUGCUGACCUGCAUGGUAUGUGGUACCCUACCGUAAGGAGGACGCUGGUGUGCCUGUCCAAGUUAUAUCGAUGUAUUGAUAGAGCAGUCUUCCAAGGUCUGUCUCAGGAGGCUCUGUCAGCGUGCAUUCAGUCUUUGUUGGGUGCUUCUGAUGCCAUUGCCAAAAACAAGACACAGGUUGACGGGCAGCUGUUCCUGAUUAAACAUCUUCUCAUCAUGCGUGAACAGAUUGCACCUUUUCACACUGAAUUCACCAUAAAGGAAAUUUCCCUGGACCUCAAGAAAACGAGAGAUGCUGCCAUUAAAAUUCUGCACCCAAGAACAGUUCCAGGAUUCUUCAGGCUCAACAGCACCAAUGCCAUCCUUGAGUUCCUACUCCAGGGAACACCAGAAAUAAAGGAACAUUUCCUGGACUCAAAGAAAGAUGUUGACAGACAACUCAAGGCCGCUUGUGAGCAGUUUAUUCAGCAGCAGAGUAAGAUCUUUGUUGAACCGUUAGAGGAUUUUAUGGCAAAGGUAACUGCAUUGAAAACGAUGGUUAACCAGGGUGGUCCAAAGUAUAGUCUUUCACAGCAACCAUGGGCUCAACCAGUAAAGAUAAAUGACUUGGUAUCUUCUACCUACAAAACCAUAAAAACGAAACUUCCAGGAAUACUGAGGAGCAUGUCAUUGUAUUUAGCAAACAAAGACACAGAGUUCAUUCUCUUCAAGCCUGUUCGGAGCAACAUUCAGCAAGUCUUCCAGAAGAUUCACAUGUUAUUAAAAGAAGAAUUCAUUAGUGAGGAUUUACAGAUCAUUGCUUGUCCUUCAAUGGAGCAGGUAAAUCUGUUGCUGUCAAUGUCAAAAUAGCAGAAGAUUGCUAAACUUUCCCCCUGCAUCUGGGAGUUCCAGGGAGGAAUAAGGUGGGAAUACAGAACUGAUACUCUGCAGCAUACCGCAGGCCAUUGCGUAGAUGUAUAAGGAGAGAGAUGAGCCUGCAUACCACCAAAGCCGUUUUCCACUCCCUGGAAAGCUUUUUUUCGGUCUUGUUGGAAUUGUGUUCUUGAAAGACAACUUUCUGUCACAACUGACGUUUCAAAUGUCCAAUCUGCACACAACCUCAUGUUGCAUAUUUAGGAUGAUCCGUAGCCCAUUCUCUUGGCUUAGAGGUCCCUUUCAAUGAGAAGUAUCAGGCUGCAUAUUCACUUGAAGGAAUUGUUGACCAUUAUUGACAAUAACUGGUUUAUAGAAGCUUAUUUAUGAAGAGUAAAAUGCACUAGAAACUCUGGAUCCCGAGCAGAUGAUAUGUACAUUUAGUUGGGGAGGUUAGGAAUUUGAGAUUUAAAUUAUUUGAGUCGCUGUGUAAUGUUUCAGUGGUAAAGAGCUUGCAGUCUGAACUGCAUGUAUUUGCCAGCUGUCAGCAUUUGAAAUCUAGUAAGGUUGAGCUGCAUUGAGCCAGAGAAAUUGUCACUUCACCAAUGCAGGGCAAUGCCUGUAUGAAGCCAGAAACUGAAAGGUCUUCUAUUUUAUAGUGUAUGUCCUGUAUAAAAGGUACUGGGGAAUUCAUUUAACACUUUUCUGAUGGUAUGGCCCUUUUAGAAUGGCCUCCGUCAGAUUAAAAAAUGCUUGCGCCAGUUUUGGUAGCUUUAUCGAAAUGUGCAGCAGAUUCGGGUAGUUCCUAAUAGCACCACUUCCACAAAGUGUGCCCUAUGGCUGCACUGAAUAAAAAUAAAUACAUGGCUCCAGUUCAUAGAGAACGGAACUGGAGGUUUCAUUAUCCAUAAAACUCUUUAUGAAUUCCCCUGCUAGAGAUGGCACUAUAGAUUAGAGAAUAACAUCACUCUUCCUCCCUGACAUCAGUCAUUACAGUAGAAAUCGGCAGACUUUGGGCCCGUGUGUACAGCUGCCUGUCCGACUAAAGCUGGUCGUGAGAAUGAGCAUGCUUGAAUUCCAGCAGUUGACCGCCAUCCGAUCAGAGUUGACCGAUGUGUUCUGGUGGAUGGGUGGUCACCCUGUCAAAGCCCAAUAGCACAGCAGAGCAGAUCACUGUACUAACAUUGUUUGUGUUAUUACAGUGAUAUGUCAGGUUUAUUUUUUUUCAGCCUGCUUGGU